AUGUCCUACUUCCCAUUCCUGCGAGUCGCCUUCCUGCUUCUCCUGGUGGGCGCCGGUUCCGUCCGCCACGCGGAAGUCGCACAGGCCCAGGAGGAGGCCCUGGAUAUUCCGCCGCCCGUUUGUGUGGAGGAGGAUGGAGAAGACGAAGACAGCCUUGCCCGUGAGGCGGGCUUCAUCGUCCGCUGCUGGAAUAAAAAGAGGAAUCCAGGCCCUCAGUUUGCCAAGUGCAUCAAGGACAAGAUGGAAGACGAGUGGGAUGGGUACUUUUUUGUCCUCGUCGCCGAGGGCCCCAUCACGGGAUUCGACACCAGGGCCCACACUUUUGCAAAGUUCCACUUUGGCAAAUGGAGCAUCCUGAUUUGGAACAUGUACAGGCUGGGCGAGUCCUGA